AGGACCACAAUUCACAGACACAUUACCUUCCCGGCGGUUCUCUCUCUCUCUUUUUUUUGACUCGAGCUGGCUGGGUUUCGCCGACCGGCCGGCGCACAGCGACGACGUGGUUCGCCGUGACACCGCACCGGGUUCUCUCAGCGGCCCGUCUUCCUCCCCUCUUAGCGAUCCCCCUUGCAGGUCGUCGCCGCCGGCCUGAGCAGUGACCUGGCGGGCCGCGCCUGCGCUCUGCCCCGUUUCCUGCCUGGCUGGUGGCGGCGGCCAUUUUGUCCAUCCUCCUCCUCCUCCUGCUCCUCCUGGUUGGAGCGCAGUGUCCGGAGCGGGCUGGGGGGAGAAAGCCCGAGAGCAGGGUUCGGUGCCUUUUCCUCUGUCCCCAGCCGGUGCCCGGAGCCCCCCUCCCCUUCCUCCCCACCCCCUCCCCUCCCCGGCCCUGCCCUCCCCCUUGUCCCGGGAUCGCUCCGUCGCACCCACCAUGAUGGAAGACGACGGGCAGCCCCGGACUCUAUACGUAGGUAACCUCUCCAGAGAUGUGACAGAAGUUCUUAUUCUUCAGUUAUUCAGUCAGAUUGGACCCUGUAAAAGCUGUAAAAUGAUCACAGAGCAACCCGAUAGCAGAAGGGUCAACUCUUCUGUUGGAUUUUCUGUUUUGCAGCAUACAAGCAAUGACCCAUAUUGCUUUGUGGAAUUUUAUGAACACAGAGAUGCAGCUGCUGCAUUAGCUGCUAUGAAUGGGAGAAAAAUUUUGGGAAAGGAGGUCAAAGUAAACUGGGCAACAACACCAAGUAGCCAGAAAAAAGAUACUUCCAAUCAUUUCCACGUGUUUGUUGGAGAUUUGAGUCCAGAAAUUACAACAGAAGAUAUCAAAUCAGCAUUUGCCCCCUUUGGUAAAAUAUCGGAUGCCCGAGUAGUUAAAGACAUGGCAACUGGAAAAUCCAAAGGCUAUGGCUUUGUGUCUUUUUAUAAUAAACUGGAUGCAGAAAAUGCAAUUGUGCAUAUGGGAGGUCAGUGGUUGGGUGGUCGUCAAAUCAGAACCAAUUGGGCCACACGUAAACCACCUGCACCUAAAAGUACACAAGAAAAUAACACUAAGCAGUUGAGAUUUGAAGAUGUAGUAAACCAGUCAAGUCCAAAAAACUGUACUGUGUACUGUGGAGGAAUUGCUUCUGGCUUAACAGAUCAGCUUAUGAGGCAGACCUUCUCACCAUUUGGGCAAAUUAUGGAAAUCAGAGUUUUUCCAGAAAAGGGCUAUUCAUUUGUCAGAUUUUCUACCCAUGAAAGUGCGGCUCAUGCUAUUGUUUCGGUGAAUGGUACUACAAUUGAAGGACAUGUUGUUAAAUGCUAUUGGGGUAAAGAAUCUCCUGAUAUGACUAAAAACUUUCAGCAGGUUGACUAUAGUCAGUGGGGCCAGUGGAGCCAAGUUUAUGGAAACCCACAACAGUAUGGACAGUAUAUGGCAAAUGGGUGGCAAGUACCGCCUUAUGGAGUAUACGGGCAGCCAUGGAAUCAACAAGGAUUUGGAGUAGAUCAAUCACCUUCAGCUGCUUGGAUGGGUGGAUUUGGUGCUCAGCCUCCCCAAGGACAAGCCCCUCCCCCUGUAAUACCUCCUCCCAACCAAGCUGGAUAUGGCAUGGCCAGUUACCAGACACAGUGAGCGGGGACUCUCAACAAAAUGUAAUUCAUGAUAGCUUCAAUUUCCUUGUGACACUCUGAAGACAUGAAAGUAGGCAUCGGAAAAUGAAAAUAUUUAUUUUAAAAAUUGAAAUGUUUGGAACCUUUAGCACAGCUUUGCUUUGGUGAAGGACACAUGUCUUCUAGUUCUGCCUUUUUAAGUUUUUGUUCAUGAUGGAUAUGAACAUGAUUUUUCUUUGUGUAUAAAAACUAAAAUAAAGUGAAUAAAAAAUUCUGACUACAAA